UGUAGCUUAGGCCUUGUUUUAAACGUUGUAAAGAUUUCGGUUGGUUUUUCUUAUCUGCAUUUAACAAAUGAUUUUUAAUUCAUUGUUUGAAGAGUUAUUAACAUUCGAAUAUCGAAAAUCUGCCAUAGUAUUUUUUUCAAUUUUUCAGGAUCAAAGAAAGGAGCAUUUACAAGAUUUGAAGAUAUUCAGACUUGCAGUUGCACUUACUAGUACUAGCUGAACAAUAGCUACCCACCGAGUGAGAUUCAUGGACUUUGUAACGAUUAUGGUUAUGCAUAAUCGUUACUGAACUUACUGUUUUAUUUUUAGUGUUUCAUAGUUAGGUGUUACUGCAAAACGUAAAGUUAAUUUCCUCAAUUCCCAUUAUGUUACUGUUAGGCCUCUUUAACGAAGAAAUUUGAUUAAACUAAGUGCUAUUAUUAAUGUAGCCUGCUACUACUAUAACCUAUUAUAUCGUGUAUUUAUACAAUAACAGUGUUGAACAUUAUAUGCCAUUAAUUUAAUCAUUAAUGAGAAUUCUUAUCACUGUCCAAGCAAGUUAAUACUAAAUAAUAAUAGUCUUAUCAUUGGGAAAAGUUCGCUUGUUAAACAAUAACUUGCUAGGUUAAAUUUAUGAAAUUAAGACUAAGAAAGAGAUCAACUUAAAAGUAAAACGUUGAGGCUCACGAUUUGUUUAACUUUUAAACUUAAUUAAGACUUGGAGACUAGCACUAUCAGCAGCUCAAACUUCAAACAAGUUCAUAGUUGACUGACCGAAUUUGAUAGGCUACCAUAGUAUUGAAAGAAAAAUAGGGCUUAAAAUAUAAAAUACAAAUUAACAAUGACAAGUAAAUACGAUGUAAGGGCUGGAGUCUCACUCAAGGUAAAGCACAAUAAAAAUGCUUUCCCUGCUGAAAUUGAUGAAGAAAAUAAACCGCCUAGUAAGAGUAACCAACUAGCCAUGAAAGGUCUUCAAGCCAAAUGGCCAUCGACACAAGCAACAAGAAUUGGCAUUAGACCAGCUUUAUCAACUGUAGUGUGCAGUGUUGAAAAUAUUCCUAAAAUGAAACAAGAAAAUCUUAAAGAACUAGAACACUGGCCAGAAACUGCAACCUGUGAUGUUUUUACAACCAAACCAUCUUUUUCAUCCAUUAAUACAUCAAAGUAUGAAGUUUCAAAGAACAGGAUAUGUAUGCCAAAAAAGGCUCAAGAUUUCAAAAUUUAUUAUGAUGAACCAGAAGAAGACCAAGAAGUAGCUGAGAAUGUGGACUUGCCUGGUGAAGUUGUCAGUCUCCACAGAGCUCCACUUGCAACUAUAGAGACUUGUUCUCCUUACCACAUGGAUGAAAGUCCCAUAGAUUCACCUAUGGUUUUGGACACAACCUGUAUGAGUGAAGAUGUGCAUGAUACUGAAAAAUUGAUGGCUAGGAAUAUCCUAUUUGUACCUGAAUAUGCCCACGAUAUCUAUCACCAUCUGUUAGAUUUUGAGAAAAAGUUUUGUCCUAAGCCUAACUACAUGCGAAAACAACCAGAUAUUACCCAUGGGAUGAGGAGUAUUUUGGUGGAUUGGUUGGUAGAAGUGGCAGAGGAGUAUAAGUUGCACACAGAAACUUUGUACCUAGCUGUAUCCUAUAUUGACAGAUUCCUUUCCUGUAUGUCAGUAUUACGGAGCAAGUUGCAACUGGUUGGAACAGCGAGCAUGUUUAUAGCAUCAAAAUAUGAAGAGAUUUAUCCACCUGAUGUUGGUGAAUUUGUAUACAUUACUGAUGACACUUACACCAAGAAGCAAGUUUUACGUAUGGAACACCUAAUACUAAAGGUGUUAUCUUUUGACUUAGCUGUUCCUACAAUUAAUUACUUCCUUGAGAGGUUUUGUUAUGUUGGCCAGAUCCCUGAAAUAGUAGAGUAUUUGGCUAAGUACUUGUGUGAACUGUCCUUGGUGGAAGGCGACCAAUACCUUCGUUUUCUACCUAGUGUCAUAGCAGCUGCUGCAGUUUGUUUGGCUAAUCAUACAGGUGGAAUGAUUCCUUGGGAUGAAAAUCUUGCUACAUCUUCUGGCUAUGCUUAUGAGGAUAUUCAAGAAUGUGUGAAAUGUUUAUAUGACAGUAUUCACAAGGCUCCUAGUUCUCCUCAGCAGGCAAUUAGAGAGAAGUACAAAUCUUCAAAGAAUCAUAGUGUGUCCUUGAUGCCACCACCACAGACAAUACCAUACAAGUUAUAGAUCUUAGAAGCAAUCAUCAACAAAAUAUAUAAACUUCAUAUAAUGAAGCAGUGUUUGGUCCUUCAGGAAUUUAGUUUAAAAAAUAUAUAAGUACACAGCAAAACAAAAACAGAAGCUACCAUUACAUAAUUUGUUUCUUGACAAUUCAGAAAGUACUGCAGCCAAAGUUUGUUUUUAAGGUGUAUGUUUUUUGCUUUCUUACUUUUUAUAUCUAGACUCCUGGCAUAUCAGUUGCGAAAUAUUUUUGCCUAAUAGUAAAAAUUAUGGGUACAUUUUCUGUCACUAAAUUAUAAAACUAACAUGUUUCUAAUAAAUUGUGUUGACAGAAAGGAAUAAGGCAAGAAGAGAAAAAUGAUGGACAAGGUUUUAAAUAUUGGUUAUUUGUCUUGCAUAGUUUUAAUAGCUAGAUACUUAAAUGUUUAUGCAUGAACAAGAUUAUGUAUGUAGAUAUGUGAUAAAAUUGUUUUCUCUUGUG